GCAGGGGCAGGGUUCACACCUGGGUCAUAUUCAUGGCAAAGCAGGCCAUGCACCUGAAUGGCGCUAUCUUGUUGGCCAUUUAUUUUAUUUUUUAAGAUUUAUUAUUUAUUACUUCGUUCAUUGCACAAGAGACAAGAGAGGGUGAGACAAGCAUGUUAGAGCAACAUCUGGGACCUUGCAACAUUGAAGUCCUUAACUCUGUGUACUAAGUCACCUCUCCAGCCACUCAGAUGUAUUAAUAAUUAAUUAAUUAAUUAAUUAAUUUUUGAUCAAAGUACUGCCCAGCUCUAGCUAUUGAUGGUGUCGGGGAUUGAACCUAGGACCUUUUGCAUGCGGAAACACUGUGCUAUCUCCCAGGCCCAUAUAUGUAUUUCAGAGAUUUUUUUUUAAAGCAUUCAAUAUUUUAAAGACAAAACUAUGAUUUUUGGUCUAUUUGGCAGUCCCUACUUAGAGGGGAGGUAGCCUCUCUCUAGCAACUGGGGCCUAGCGGAGAAAAGUUUAUGUGAAUGCCUCAUCACAGGAAGAGGGGAGCCUCUAUGGCGGACCUGAGUGAAACCAUAACCAAGGGCUUUUCCAACAAGUGAGGCCACCAUGGCUCUGCAGAAUUCUCUGACGCUGUUCCCAUUGCUGGUUCUGGUGCUGCUGGUGCUGGGAUGGGUGCAGCCUUCACUGGGCAAGGAAUCCAAGGCCAGUAGGUUCCAGCGGCAGCACAUGGACCCUGGCAAGACCUCCCUCGGUAACUCCAACUACUGCAACCUGAUGAUGAGGCGCCGGAGUUUGAUCAGGAGACACUGCAAGGCGGUGAACAUCUUCAUCCACGAGCCCCUGGCAAAGAUCCAGGCUGUCUGUCGGCAGGGAGGCAUCAGCUGCAAGAACAAGAAGAACAAAUGCCACCAGAGCAGCUCCAGCAUGAGCAUCACAACCUGUAGCUUGUUUCGUCACUCCAGGUACCCCAAAUGUAUCUACAAGACCACUCGGAAGGAGAGACACAUCAUUGUGGGCUGUGAGGGGACCAGUUCCGUGCCCAUCCAUCUGGAUGGUACUGUGAACUUCUCCUGAGGCCAGAGUUACAACCUCCCCCACACAUCCCCAUUACUCUGACCUCUCUCCCUUCCUUGUCCUGAGAGAAAUAGAGAAAUAACUCAGCUUAGGAUUCCUGUGCUAGACACACGAUUCCCUGGCCUGAUCCCCUGUAUGGUUUAGUGGGUGAGAAGUGGGUCUGUCUCUCUUAACCAUUUCACUGCUUCUUUCAAUAAAAUACAGUUGUAACCACUUGGA